UCAAACGUGAAUCAGACAUGAAUUUACGUGAUUCAUUCCGUAGUGUAUUUGUUAUUAUAAAAAAUUGUUACAUUUAGUGACCGUAUACGUAAUAAAUGAAAUAAAGUCAAAAAGAUAUUAGACAACGACAAUGAUGACAAGCUCAGUAACUAAAAAGGAUGCCUGAUGUGUGUGUUUCACGUAGUUGUUCAGUGUUUGUAGUUCGGACGAGUCUCAAAGCUCCAAAAUGCCAUUCGAUUUCCUGUGCUGUGUUAGACCUGGUGUGGAAGAUAUAGUGGAGCUAGAUUAUUCACAUCAUUCAUUAACGGAUGUGCCAACGGAUGUGUUCGUCUACGAGAGAACCCUUGAAACUCUCCUAUGCCAGAGUAAUCGCAUUACGGAGCUUCCGCGGCAGCUUUUCAUGUGCCAUGGCUUGAAAUAUUUAGAUCUUAGUGACAACGAGCUUCAAGCGAUUCCCUCAGCAAUAUCAUCACUGGUAAAUCUGCAGCAUUUGAACAUCAGUAGAAACACCCUAGCAUCCAUACCAGAUAACAUGAAAUCAUUAAAGAAUUUAAUGUUCUUAGAUCUUAGCGUGAAUCCAUUAGAAAAAUUACCUGAAACAAUAACAAACCUCAUUGCUCUGCAGGAUUUAUAUCUAAACGACACAUACCUUGAGUAUCUACCUGGAAAUUUUGGUCGCUUAUCUAAUUUACAUAUUCUUGAAUUAAGAGAUAAUUAUUUGAUGAUUCUACCUAAAUCUCUGUCACGUUCUACUGAGCUCCUGAGGUUAGAUAUAGGACAGAAUGAAUUUCAGCAGUUUCCUGAAGUUAUUGGAAGAUUUCAAAAGUUAAAAGAAUUGUGGAUUGACAGCAACAGUUUUACUUGUAUCCCAGCAAUAAUAAAGCCUCUAGAAAACUUAAUACAUUUAGAAGCAAGCAAUAAUAUGAUAGAAGAGCUAGCUCCAGAAAUUGGUUAUUGUACUCGCCUGGAAGACAUAACCUUGUCAAUAAAUAGUUUGACACAGCUCCCCGACAGCAUUGGUCAGCUGAGUAAUUUGACAGCCCUUAAAUUGGAUAAUAAUAAACUGUAUUCUAUACCAGACAGUAUAGGUCAAUUAAAAAAUUUAGAAGAACUAAUGUUGAUGUGUAACUACAUAGAUAAAAUACCAUCUUCAAUUGGUCUGUUGAGAAAGUUGAAAUAUUUUAAUGUUGAUGAAAAUCUAUUAAGAGUGAUUCCUCCUGAAAUUGGUAGUUGCACAAAACUAUCUGUAUUGUCACUUCGUUCUAACAAGCUGACAAAAGUUCCGCCAGAAAUUGGGCAUUUGACCUCUUUAAGAGUUCUAAACUUAGUUAGGAAUUCAUUGAGUUAUCUUCCUCAGUCUUUAUUAAAUUGUGAUAAUUUAGUUGCCCUCUGGUUGUCUGAAAAUCAAAGUAAACCUUUAGUGCCUAUGCAUUCUGAAGUAGAUCCUAAUACUUAUGAACAAGUCCUUACUUGUUUUCUUUUUCCCCAAGUGCCUUUAACUCCAAUUGAGAUUAGUUUGGAUAAUGCAAAGCCGGAAAACACAGAAGCACAAAGUGCACCUCGUCAUAUUAGUUUUGUUGAUAUGAAACCUGCCACAAAAACUAUAGAAAAGCCAGGUCAGCUACGUAGGGCCCCUACUCCAUAUCCAAAAGAACUAAGAGCUAUGGCAAAACAUGCAAGAAACAUUCAUAAAGAUGGAACACAGGACAUAUCCCCACCUAUGCAGAAUGCAGUACACAUAAAAGCUGCAAAAAUAACUCCUACUUUACAACAAAGAUUUGCAUCAGAUAACAAAGUAGAUAGUGGCAAUACUUGCAAUGAUAACUCUGAUGGAGGCCAGCCAGACUCUAUGACAACAUCGGUUUAUGAUAAUCUACCAAUAGAAAAUUCCUAUGACAAACCUUUAGAUCUAAAUUAUGAACAAGACAAAACUUACAAAAGUGUGGAUCAUGCUCUUUAUGUUGACAAUAAUACUGACACUGAAAUGUACAAAAGUGAUAACAUGGACACAUGUGGAUUAGCAGUAACACAUUAUACAGUGAAACAGAAUGAAAGAUAUUCACCAAGACAAGAUACCCGAUCCAACAACUCUGUGUCAUCAAAUAAUUACAGGGGACACUCCACAGAUAGUAAGAAUUAUCCUGUAGCCAAUGAUCACAGUUAUCAUAAUUGCACUGAGGACAGCUGCCAAGUACAGAGAUUAAGUGUCAGUUCUCAAGAAAGACAUCCAAAUGAAGAAGCUUUACUAUCACCACAAUUUAAUGAAAGUCCUUAUAGUUUAAGAUGCAGAGUAGAUAACUUACCUCCGUUUGAACCUGUUUAUCCUAGAAAAGAAAUGAUAUGCCAUGCAGAUGCAAAAUAUCAUGGUGAUUCAUAUGGCGGUGAAACCUACCCAUGUGGUACAGAAAAAAUAUAUGCUCAAAGGAAAUAUGAUGUUUUUAAUUAUCAUCCUCACGCUGCAAGAGAUAUGCCAAGUCCAAGAGUGAGCACAGUAAGCCAAAUAGUUAGUUCUACCACCAUGCCAAAUUUAUGUAAUUAUAAUAACAUGUAUGCUCCAUCUAAUAUGGACUCUCAUCAUUAUCCACCAGCGAUUCAUCAAACAUCAUCACCUAAUUGUAAUCUCUACGAUGUGUCAACAGCAAGUCCGACUUAUAUUCCAUCACAAUCACCAGAGUUAUACUCACCAACUGGUCAUACAAAUGCAACAAACCCUUAUCGCAUGACAAACACACCUCUGAUAUCAGAUGAUGGCAGCUUUACUCAUAUACCUUCUAUUCCUAGUCAAAAUAUGUAUGAUAUAUAUGAUGCUAUACCAGCCUCAUCUAACGCUCCGAGUGUGGUAAGUCAUCGACACAGUCCCAGUGGUCUCUCUGAGUCAAUGUAUAGGAGGGGACAACCUCCUCCAUAUCACAUUGCGGCUCCAUAUACAAAACAUGCUCAAUAUUUUAAUGGUACUGGAGGAUAAUGGUAAAUUUGAUAAAAGAUACAUUUUAAAAAAAAUUAUUUCUUAACUUUUUUAUAACCAUAAUUAGUCCUGUUGGCAACUGAUUAUCUGGAUGUGCAAUUUAAAUGUGAUAUCAUACUGUUGAACUUUAAGAUAAUUUUUAAGGUGCUAAAAUGGAUCAUGUUGGAAUGUUAUCCGAGGGGCUAUUGAAACAAAUUGUAGAAAAUGAGAAGCAUUAAAAAUGAUGAGAUGAAAUAGAAAAUCUUUUAGGUACUGUGAAGUACAAUUUUGUAACAACUAUGUUGUUUCAUUUAGGUAUUGUUAUAAAUAAACAAGAAAUUGUUAAUAAGUGUCCAGCAACAUUUAUUAAAUUCUUAUUGAAAAUUAUAUUUUUAAAUAUAUUAACGAAUAAAAUUCAUUGGUUGGCAGGAGGCGUUAUUUUGCCACGUAUAGAUAUGACUGGCUAACACCAAGCGUAAUUUGUUAUAAUCCACAACAACCAGAUGCCAUAGAUCUUCAGAAGAUGUUGAGAUUAUGGUGCACAUUUGCUAAUAUUGCUAUAUUGACUAAGCAAUAAUUGUGCAUUGUGAAGUAAUUUGUGUGAACAGUGAUUAUAGCAAGUUAAUUUUGGUGAUCAUUGUUUACAAAGAAAAAUUGUGUGAUGUAGUUGUUCAUAAAAUAAAAUAAAUGUUCUGGACAAUUAUUAUAUAAAUUAUAAGAGUAAAACAGAGUACAUUUAUGUAUUGAAAAUUAAAAUAUUUUUUUAUUCUCUU